AUGUCACCGUAUCAGGUGGCCCCCGUGCAUCUCGUGGGCAGUUUCCCAGCCCCCGAUGCCACCACGGCAUUUUCCAAAUGUUCCACAGCUCUGAAAGGGCGUCUUAAUGCCAUCCCUGACGGUGAACCAGGAUGGCGUUGGAACUUCACCAUCGGCCUGGUGCAAAAGAAAGCCACGGAAAACCCGGCGAUUGGUAGGAUCUGGCGUGAGUAUGACGAGAAAUACGACCCUUUGCCGGUGAAGGAGAUGCCGGCCGAGGAUGUUGCACAGCUCCGUGAUGCCAUCAAGUCGACCUCGUGGAAGCUCGGAUAUGCUGAGGACGCCGUCGAGUCAUAUAAGGUCUUUUGCAAGUUGCGAGAAGACGGCACAAUCGAGAAGCACGUCCGCUUCCAGGUGUGUUUGCCGGGAGUUUCGAGUCUGGCCAUUUUCGUCAAGCCUGCAUUCCAAUAUCUUGUAGAGGAUCUCGCCUACCAAGCCAUGCUGCAGGAGACGGAGGCGAUCACAGCGGCCAUCCCCGCAGAGGAUCUCGCUGUUCAAUUCGAUAUUGCGAGUGACUACAUCAAAAACGAAGCCCAACAAGACCCAUCUUCCUACCUGGGGGCGCUGAGAGAGGACUUCCACCCGCCUCAGGAGGAUGCCAUGGAGCGGUAUUCCAGCCAGUACGCCGGCUUGAUAGGAAAGGUCCCAGGGGAGGCAUACACGGGUCUGCACAUAUGCAUGGGCAAUAUCAACAAUAAGCCCGUCCUAGCGCCACGGGAUAUGUCUGUCAUGGUCACACUGGCUAACCGGAUCAUAUCCAAGGCCAAAGCCAGCAGACAGCUACAGUGGAUUCACUUUGGCUGUCUGGCCGAGUGGAAGGACCCGACGCCGUACGCCGCGCUGUCCGGGCUGGAGGACAAGAACGUCGCCGUCUACCUCGGCCUCGUGUACCCAGAUGAUCUGGAAGGUUCAAAGGAGAGGGUGGCCGCGGCGAGAAGUCAUUUGGGGAGGUUUGGCGUCGCCCCUGUCUGCGGUCUAGCGAGAACAUCGGAGGAAGGUGUACAGUCGGUCCUCGACAUUCUCAAGGAACUGACUCCGGAUGCUGUUGUCGUAUAG